AUGGGAUUUACUUUAACUGACAGACACGGCUCGCUUCUCUGUUUAUUGCAAUUAGCGUCUUUGCUUCGAGCGGUGAGCUCUGCAGGAGCAUGUGAGACCGUGUUUAAGGGUUUCUCAGACUGCUUGCUCAGCUUUGGAGAAAACAUGAUGAACUAUCCACAGGACGUGGACGACAAGAAAAACCUGCACGCCGUCUGCUCAUACUGGAAUGAUUUUCUCUCGUGCACCACUGAAGCGGUUGCAGAUUGCCAAGAUGAAGCAGUGGAGCUUUGGGAAAAGCUCAAAGUGUCAUCUGGGAGUCUGAACUACAGGGGAAGUCUGUUUCAGCUGUGCUCUAAAGAUAAUAGAGCAUCAGGAUUCGGGUUUACUCCAGAACUUAUAGUUUGGGCCAUGACUCUCUCCAAACUGGUGAUGUGGGUCACUUUUGAAUAA